CUUCAGAAAUACCUAGGGGCGCUGUGAGACCAAUCAUGUGCUGCUGUCGGCUCCAGUCCUGCUGUUGCUACCCCCUCCGCGAAGGGUCGAUUGCUAUUGGGAUUAUCGAUGUGAUCCUGUCAGCACUAGCGCUAGGCUUAAAUGUUUGGCCGAUUGUGGCUAGUGGCGGUGUAGCCAGACCUUUGUACACGUUCAUCGCCGUCUAUGCUAUCUCCAUCGGGUUUUCGAUCCUGCUGAUCCGGGGCGCCGUGCAGAACAAAGCCGGCCCGUGCCUUGCUUGGAUCAUCUGGUCCAGCAUCUGUUUGGUGUUGAACAUCGGCCUGCUGGGGUUGCUCUGUUCUGUGGCUUAUAGUGCUAGUUUGUUCAGUGGCACCGCAUCACAAUCGACUUUCCUAGGUGGAUUCUUAACCGACGCCAUAGCCAUUGGCAUCUACGUCGUGAUCGCCAUCGUCGCUGUGUUCAUCUUUAUCUUGAUCUACGGAAUCAUGGUCGUCAACUCCUUCCGUCAAGAAGUUAAUGAGAGCGGUGGCAACCCGGGGUCUUAUCCGAUGCAAUCUGUGUGAAGAAAUGCACAACAAGUUUCCUCAUGACUUUUGUCGUCACGGACAGAAAGAAGGGAGACGCAUGUGGUCUAUUUGACCCCCUCAUAUCACCAAUGGCAGUCGCAUGCAACUUUGUAUAAACCAACGAUUAAUCGCUUUAGCUUGUCCUAGCCAGCGGUGUAAAUGAAGGUUUAACCAUUCCGAUGUGGAUCUCAAAAUGUAGACAAUCGCGUGCUUGCUAAUACGUUAUUACCUUCGCCAAGAAGGUUAUGUUUUCAGAGGCGUUCGUGUAUGUGUGUGUGUCCGUCCGUCCGUCUGUAAACACUAUAACUUGAG